AUGAAGCUUAACAUUGCUUACCCAGUCAACGGAUCCCAAAAAAAGAUCAACAUUGAAGACAAGAACAAAGUUCGUUGCUUCAUGGAAAAGAGAAUUGGCCAAGAAGUUGAAGCCACUACUUUAGGUGAUGAAUUCAAAGGUUACGUUUUCAAGAUCACUGGUGGAAAUGAUACUGAAGGUUUCCCAAUGAUGCAAGGUGUUGGUGCCCCAACUAGAGUUCGUUUAUUAUUAGAUGGUCGUUCAGGUUGUUUCAAACCAAGCCGUGAUGGUGAAAGAAAGAGAAAAUCAGUUCGUGGUUGUAUCGUUGCUGAAGAUAUCGCCUCUUUACAAUUAAUCAUUGUCAAGAAAGGUGAUGCUGAAAUUCCAGGCCUCACUGAUGUCUCAUUCCCAGCCUCAAAAGGUCCAAAGAGAGCCUCAAACAUUAGAAAACUCUUCAAAUUAUCAAAAGACGAAGAUGUCCGUUCUUUCGUCAUCCGUCGUGAAUUACCAGCCACCGACAAAAGAAAAGCUAAAUCAAAAGCACCAAAGAUCCAACGUUUAGUUACCCCAACCACCGUUGCCCGUAGAAAGGCUCUCCGUGCUAAAAAAGCUGCUCGUCACACUAAAGCCAGCAAUGAAGCCGCCGAAUACGCUAAACUCGUUGCCCAAAGACAACAAGCUAAAGCCAAGAGAUCCGUCAAAGUUUCAAGCAAAAAAGUUGUUGCCAAGUAA